AAUUAAUAAUUAAUAGUAUGAAAUACUAAUGAAUAUGAUCUUGAGUACGAAGCUUCACAAUAAGGAAAUCCAUUCUGGCUAUAUGGACCUUCGUGCUGUACGUCCCACUGCUCUUUGCUGUCCUAUCGUUAUGGGAAUAUUUCCCAUCUUAAUGGGAAAUCCCACUACAAUGGGAUUCCUUAGUCACAUGUCCUUAUUCUUGCUGACUAAGCUUUAGAUUCUACUGUUGCACUAGCUACUAAACUUAAGGUCCUAAUUAAGGCUUUACUAGUCAUACAACGAGGGAAUCCAUCCUGCUCUGGAUACCCGUCGUAACAUGAUCUUCGAGAUCCCCAAAUACCUUGUGUUUAUACCGAGUAAAUACCGGACCGUUACACGUGGUUCGUGAUAUCACGACUGAUACGUAAAAGGAUGAAGUGCAGAUGGCAUUUUAUGCUGAGCACAGGCUAGGACAAGAUGAAGCGGGUUGGCCUGUCAACAUCAAGGAGCUUCCUGAUGUCCAAAAUGAGUAUCCGGGAUGGAAAUCGUCACCUACUGUGAAGAUGACGGCUGUGUAUGGAUAGCGCGCAAAGUGAGGGAGGGAAGAAGAGGAAGGAGUCUGAGAACAGAAAGAAACGGUCGCGUAUGUGCUGGAAGUAAGAUAGAACUUCGAGCAAAAUUAUAAAUACUAUACAGUACCUCAAAUAUGUUACUCGCCUCAUAUAUUGUAAAAGAGGUAGGUCGAGAUACAUGCG